AGCUUUCUAGAAAAUUCAAAUUUCAAUCAAAUUUAAUUCCCUUUUCAGAAUUUAAAGUUAAUCUAUGCUUUCGUUUGGUUAGAUUGAUAUAAAUGAAAGUUUUAAAGAACUUUAAGUCAUUGCUCUCAGGCGCGCACCCUUCUUGGCUGCCAAAAAGUGGGUAAUUUCUUUUCAAAAAGUAAGCUUUUCCCAUAUGAUUCCUAUGACUGCGCAACCCCCUCCCCCUUAGCAAAUACUGGGUACGCGCAUGACUCUCAAAGUGUAGUCAAGAGAAUAUGGUCAUACGUACUCUUUCUACUCUUGCUGUUAACUCAUACACCCUCGAGACCAUGGCAACAGUUGCCUACACUAUUUGAGCCCAAUUAUAUAAAAAAAAAUCCGACUAUUUAUAGAUUCAAAAAACCUUGGUUAUCCUAAAUAUCCAGUUUUUAUAGUUAACAAUUAUCAAGAGACCAUCGUGGUCUCUUGCUAUUAUCCUUUAGUAUAAAUGCACUCACACCCUAUCACGAAUCUCGCAAUUUGAACGGCUCCCGUACUCACUAUCUAUUGAGGUAUAGAUAGUAGCGAAAAAGCCGGCCUUUUCGCGACAAAAGCGGUUAUAUAUUACUGAGAAUUAUUAAAAUCGUCAUUUAUUUGAAGUUAACAUUGUUAUGAUAGAAAAAAAAAUUCCUUUGUCCGCACUAACGAGGUGGGUGCCCGUAAAGCGAGGUUGACAGGGAAUUAUGGAAAUUAUGGAAACAAACGACAACCCAUGGUCUUACCUGUAUUUCAAAUGCAAAUUUGUGGCGCUUCGCACUGCGAACUGAAUAUGCCUACAGAAGCGAAAAAAAUAUCACAGAAAAUUCUUCUUUUCAGGGGACCUACAAAUUGUCAUACUUCUCAUAUAUUUCAAUAUUUCCAUGUAUUUUAUUUUGACUAUAUUCACAUUUUCUUAUAGCAUGAGCUAUUCAUAUUUUCGAAGUUGCUAUAUUUUUUUAUUCCCUGGGGCAGCUGUUUUCCCAUAGAUAAAGGAGUGCCGUAUGUGAUUUUCUUCGUCGUGCUAUUGGUUAAAAUGAACCAUGUGACCAAAUCAACCGCUCUAUAUUUCAUCGCUUUGGCAUCAUAUCGGCUCGUGAUUGGCUCACUCUGUCACAUGUUCAAUAUUUUGAUGUGAUAUGCAUGAUAUUGACCUGCCGUCAAGUGUUGAAAAUCAUGGCGGAGGAACAGUGCGCUGUCGUAUUUCUUCCUUCGGUAAAAAUUGAAAACACCACAGAAGAAGAUGACCCUUUGAAUGAAGACUCUGUAGAAUCUCCAACUUGCUCUGACUCUUUUCUGGGACGGUUUGGAGAUAGUUCGGAGGAGGAAAUUCAGCGUCUUCUUGAGGAGAGAAGUACAAGAAAUACAAAAAAAGCGAACAGGUUUGCUGUUAGAAUUUUCCGCGAGUACCUGCGAGAGAAAGGUCAUGAUCCCUGCUUUGAAGACUAUGAUAAAACUUCUCUUAACAACAUACUAAGGAAAUUUUAUGUCGAAGCUAGAAAAAGGGAUGGAGAUUUCUACAAAAAGUCAGCGCUUAGUGCGAUCCGUUUCGCUCUCAAUCGGCAUUUACAGCUUGUGAGAAACAUUGAUAUUAUAAACGACCCCGAGUUCCGCGUUUCAAGCGAAGUCUUUCGAGCUCAGACCGUGGAAUUGAUGCGGUUAGGAAAAGGCAUUGAUCAUAUAGCCGAUAUUUCCGCCGAAGACUUAAAGAAACUUUAUUUCAGCGACGUUUUUAAUCAAUUGACGCCUGAGGGAUUGCAAAAGAAGUCGUUCUUCGACUUGAUGUAUUUAUCGGGCUCGAAGCGAAGCCGCGGUAAUUUGAGAGAACAAACACGAGAUACUUUUGCAAUUGGCUUCGACCAGGAAAGAAAUAUGAGAUUCAUCUAUUCGAAAAAGGAUUCAAAUACUACCAUCCCUUUGUGGAAAAUUUACGAGAAGAAAGGAAAUCCAAGAUGCCCUGUGGCUACAUUUUCAAAGUAUUUAUCAAAACUAAAUCCAAUGAAUGCUUCACUUUGGCAAAGGCCAAAAAAGAGCGCUUCUGAAGAGGACCAAGUCUGGUACGAGAUCUCGCCAAUGGGACACAAUACCCUAGGAAAAAUGAUGGAAUGCCUGUCAAAAGAAGCCAAACUCUCCAGAGUCUAUUCGAACAACAGCUUAAAAGGCAACAAUGCCGAUAUCUUAGAUGACCCAACACUACAGAAUUCAAUGCUUCUAGUCUCAGGUCGCUUGGCAACAACAACAGUGCAGCCACAAUUUCAGAAAAUUGUUCCCAAAAUUACUCCAAACAUGCAAAAGAGUAUCUCGGUCGUUCCAGUUGUACCACUACAAACAGGGGGUGUGCUUUCUGUUCAGAAUAGUGUUACUAUGAACACGUCACCUGUGUAUAGUACAGGGCAUGCCACACCUCUCAAUACUCCUUUGUCAGCACAUGUGAAUGGGACAGCUGUUACACCAAACCAUAUACAAGUUGUUUCUCUGUCAACGCAAUCUCAGUCAACCAUGAGGCUUACUCCAUUCACAACAACCAUUUUUCCAUCUCUGAGUUCCCAAGCCCCCAGCCCAAUGGCAAAAAGCCCUCUCACCACCCAUGCCCUGGAUACAGCGAGGGGAACACCUGCUAGACAGCUUCCGGUAAAGGUGUUCAUCGAACAACCAAACAAUACAGAGUCAUGGACACUACUUGCAUCAAGCUCCACAAAUGGAGACGGCAGAGUCCCCAACUUGCUAAAACCAGAUCAGUUCAUUCCUGCACGGUACAAGAUAAGAUUUGAGACAGAGAUCUACUUCAAGUCACUGGCAAUAACAGAAUACUUCUAUCCACAUGUUGAGAUUGUAUUCCUCAUCAAGGACCCAGACCAGCAUUAUCAUGUUCCUCUACUGCUCUCUCCAUUUGGGUAUUCAACUUACAGAGGAAGUUAGGCUGGACCUCUUAUAAAAUUUGUAUUUUUGUGAUAAUAACACAGGCAGCGAUUCCGGAGGUCUUGGGGUGGGCUGGGGGAACUUCACUGUCUUAUAUAUGGAGAGAGGAACAUUACUACUUAAAUUUCAACCCAAUGGUGGGAGUUAUUGACCCCCCCCCCCUCCUACCCGAUCGCUGACAGGUAGAUUAGACCUUGUCCAGAAUUCUAAACCCCACGUUCUAGAGGUACCGAUUGAAGAGCACCAAGACUCGAUCUCUACAGGGGUGGCUAGCAGUGUGCGUGGGUGUUCCCAAGCAGCUUGUCACAACUUCCAGUUGGGCUAAUUUGAACACUGGGAGCAGCUGGACUCUUGCACACAAGGUUAAAAUUCUAGGCAGUGUCAUAGGUAUUGAAAGGGGGCUUUAAAUAAAACUGGUGUUCGCCCCUAUGACUAAAAAUGUUUACAUAUGAACGAACCCAGGAGCGGAUCUAGGGGGGAGGGUUUAGGGGGUUUAAACCCCCCUUUGGGAUGCCAGAGAGCCAUAUGCAACAAAAAAAUUACCCCUCUCCCCCCUUUGUCGCUGAGCCAAACCCCCCUUUAGCGAAAAGCUGUUUGGGACCUCAUCUGCAAAAACAGGUCAUGUUGGUUAAAUGUGCGUUGAAUAAAUGAAUGUGUUGGUA